UUUGGUAAUGGCCCAGAUCAUGUGACCACAAAAUGGUGGAAGCUGUGAGGUGUUUGUAAGCUGAGCAUCUCCACCGAGAGGCUGAGAGCAGGAAAUAGGCAGGGAUCUUGGAAGCACAUCCAUGCUCUGAGACGCAGGAGGACACGCAUUCCCGAGCCCCAGCAGUGGUCCUCCUGGGGAUGGACCCGGCAUCAGAGAGUAAAAUGAACUCUGAGGGGGGCGAAGGCAGACCAGUCCCUCCUACUUCUCUCCCCCUGCAAGGAGGCCCCUCCCAGAGAAAGAAGCUGUCCGCCCCUCGUAUCAGCCUGUCACUGGACCAGAGCGAGGACGACUUGGGGGAGACGCCAGAUGAUCUUGACAUUAAUGUCGACGAUCUUGACACACCAGAUGAGGGGGACUACCUCGACUACACGGACCACGAAACAGACUGGGAAGACCCGAAUGCAGCGGGAAGGAGUGGGACAAGUGAGCCUUAUGAUCCAAUCCCAACAUACAGCGCCGAGGAGGAGCGCCAGGAUGGCAAGCUGUGGAGGACGGUCAUCAUUGGGGAGCAGGAGCACCGCAUCAACAUGAAGAUCAUUGAGCCCUACAUGAGAGUCAUCUCCCAUGGAGGCUACUAUGGCAACGGAGUGAAUGCCAUCAUAGUGUUUGCUGCCUGUUUCCUGCCAGACAGUGACAGAGAGGACUACCAUGAAAUAAUGGAGAACCUCUUCCUGUAUGUGAUCAGCACACUGGAGCUGAUGGUGGCGGAGGACUACAUGAUCGUGUACCUGAAUGGAGCCACGCCUCACAGAAGAAUGCCUGGUCUUGGUUGGCUGAAGAAAUGCUAUCAGAUGAUCGAUAGGAGGCUCAGGAAGAAUUUGAAAUCCUUCAUUAUUCUCCAUCCAUCAUGGUUUAUCAGGACCAUUCUAGCCAUUACCAAGCCCUUCAUCAGCGCCAAGUUCAGCAGUAAGAUAAAGUAUGUGAACAGUUUGGACGAGCUGCAGGAACUCAUCCCCAUGGAAUACAUCCAGAUCCCAGAGUGCAUCAUUAGACUUGACAGGGAUCUGAAGGAAGCAGCAGAGAACUCAAAAGUGAAUAGUUUUCUGCAGGGACCGGAGCCAACAACAGCAGGCAGAACAGACAGAGCAGACGUAGCCGGUGCCAGCAGCUCUUAAACCCAAACAUCCUAAAUGGAUGGUCACCUCAAUGUUCAGAAGUCACUGUUGUAUUGUAUGGCUGUAGCUGGAAAGCAGAGGCAAAGGGUUGUUAAGCUUGUGUGUGUGUGUGUGUGUGUGUGUUUCAGUCAGUGUUUGUCAGUUAGACAUUGGAGUUUAAUAUGAAAACACAACUUACAAUAGUUAACACUCAGAUCUCAAUCUUUAUGGCUGCUGUAGCAUCUACUGUACCGUACACCUGCAGUCCAGAGAACUAUAUAGUCAAGUGUGAUGCUUGGCAGCACCUACACAGUAGCAUCAACGUUCACAGUAGGGUAGGAAAUGCAAUUACACAGCAGACAGUGCACUGCGCAAAUCCAUUUGUAGAGUCUGUAGUGUUGUAGUUGUGUGCAUGAAAAACAGUGAAGCAAUAAUAUCACCCUUUACUGGUAACACAGUCUCAGUACUUCAGAGAAAGAGCCAACUUGUGCGUCAGCAAUCCACAAUAAAAGCACAAGGUGAAGCCAAAAAACCUUGUGCCAUAAACGAUGACCAACUUUUGCAUUUCAACAAUCCAAUCCUCUGUCUUAAUACUUGUUCUAAAGCUGAAAAAUAGAGAUAAAAAUAAAGAUAUUUUAACUUUAUAGAGUCAAACUGAAACCAAGGAGGAAGAAGUUAGAUUGAGUUAUCUGUGCAAUGUGAGAGCAUGUCCUUUUAGCCGUUCUCCAAAUGUGUGUGCGUGUGCGUGUGCGUGUGCGUGUGUGUGUGUGUGUGUGUGUAAGACACAUAAACUGGGAAUCAUCUCCUCAGCUUCUCCUGGAUCAUCAGGAAAAAAACCUCAGUCAAAAAUAAAGAUGGGAUCUCUGUAAAGCACAAUAUCUUCUUUGUGUGUGUGUGUGUGUGUGUGUGUGUGUGUGUGUGUGUGUGUGUGUAUCUGUAUCCACACGCAUGUGUGUGCGUUUGUGCAUCAGUGCAUGUCCCCUCAUAGAUAACUGAUGGUCCUCUCAUCCAUGAGUCUUCUACUAUGGUUUAUUGAGGAUGUGCAAAGAAAUUAUGGAUCACUGUCUAGUAAUUCAAUAAAAAUGGACUCGAGUCUGAA